AUGUGGCCCUUCCUCGGCCACACUCUCUUCCCACCCCCGACCCAGGCCUGGCUGCAAAGGGCUUCCUCGGACCCUGGGGCCCAGGGCUGGGGGGCCUGGAGCAGGGCCGAGGAGCCCCCUCCGGAGCCGGGGGAUGGGGCCGGGAAGGAGGAGGCGCCGGCGGAGGACGACCCGGAAGACGCAGGCCUCCCCCUGCCUCCCUUGGAGGGGGAGGACCUGGCCGAGUACCCGGAACCUGACCAGGAGCUGGAGGCCAUCAAACUGCGGCUGUGGGCCAUGGAGCGCGCACAAGGACCGGAGCCGCCCGGGGCGCGGGCCCUGGCGGGGCACCAGGAGGGGGCCGGGGCCGCGCUGGCCAGCCAGCCGCUGAGCCCCGAGGCAGGUUGCACCUGCCCCGGGCUCCCUGUGGAGAAGGUGGAGUCAGACCACAGAUCCGUCUAUGUGGGGAAUGUGGACUACGGGGGCACGGCUGAGGAGCUGGAGGCCUACUUCAAUCCCUGCGGGGAGGUCCACCGAGUCACCAUCCUCUGCGACAAGCUCUCCGGACACCCCAAGGGCUACGCCUACGUAGAGUUCGCUGCCGAGGGCGCAGCCCAGGCUGCAGUGGAGCUCGACGAGAGCAUCUUCCGAGGCCGCGUCAUCAAGGUGCUGCCCAAAAGGACCAACUUGCCAGGGAUCAGCUCUACGAACCGCGGGGGCUUCCGAGGCCAGCCGGGCGCCAGAGGACCAUUCCCCCACAGCAGCCUCCAGGGCGGGGCCCGCUUCAGACCUCGGGGGCGGAACCGGGGCCGCGGAAGGUUCUCCCCUUGGUGUUCGCCGUAUUGA